CACACUUUGUGUCGUAUGUGGUUCCUGUGUACAAACAAACACACAGUGUAUGCCACUGUAAGCUGUGACAUAUGAUUGAAUAGUUUAGUUUAUAGCAAAUCUAGAUUCUAGUUGAUCUAGAUGUGUUCGUUAGUUUAAAGAUGGGUAGAUCCAUUAUUGCAGACGAAGGGGUAGAAAAAUAUAUUGGAAAACUUCUAAAAGAAAACAAAUGGUUUGUUGGUGUAAUAAUCGGACAGCUGACAGCCCAGCGUGAUUAUGUUGUGCACAUAGCUCGUACACCAGAUCCAGUAGAAGAUGAGGUCAGCGAGGAGAAUGGUGAUGAUGAAUCUGGCGACAGCAUUAAAACAAAGAAGAAAAAUCCAGCUCUUGAGCACCCAGUGUCAAUGGAUCAGCUUGAUGAAAAAUGGGUGUCUACCCAUGCUAAGCAGGUUUCUCGAAUGCUGCCUGGUGGACUCAGUGUUAUUGGUCUCUUUGCAAUUGCCCCACCAGUGAUGUUAAAAAAUGCUCAAAGCAAACUUAAACAGAUGCUGCACAGUGUUUACAAGCAACUAACUAGAAAUUCUGUUCUCACUAUUGCUGGGGAAAUAACAGAAAGAAUUCUUUUACAGAUGGACACUUCAAGUAAGAAGUUGACUUGUGUUACUGUUGACGCUGCAGACAUAAAGAGUGCUAUGAGACCAGCUGAAUGGAAAUAUCAAACAGGAGAUAGCAAGUGGAUUAAACUCACUUCCCAAAUUAACCUUGACAUUCCAAUUACAGUUCCUGUUGAAAGCAAGUCACAAUCACUUUUAAAACAAAUUCAGCUGGGCCUUGUUGAGUUUUGUGAUACAGUGAAAAGAAGUAUAGUGGUGAUAGGUGACUCCAUCAGAGAUCCAUCUGAGCCACUCAUUCAAGAGAAAAGAGGAAAAGGCGGUAAAGGAAGUAACACUGACUUAAAGCUAACACAAGACGUUGCUAUUUAUUUACCAUUUCUUCGUCCAGAAACCUCAUCAGACCCUGUUACAGUUUCCUCCCAGGCUACAAUCAACAUGAUGGGUACAACAAUAGUCCGAGCUUUUGUCUCGGCUAAAGCUACUGUAGGGGAUGCUGUUGAGGCUAUUAAGAUGGAUGUGAUCCGUAGUUUGAUGGCUCGCUGUGAACUUUUGUGUGAAGAAUUUAAUGUGACAGAAGGUAAACAAGGCAGUGAUGUGUACGACCCUCCUGUACGCUUGUUCUGUCAGCUGCCGCACUGUGACGUGCAGGUUUGUGAUUACGUCUUUCAGGAUGAGAAACAAGAAGAAGUGCGGGAUAGGAUCAAGGAACUGUUGGAUGUGGAGGUAGAGGAUCUUGAGGAGACGGAGAAAAGUGCAGCCGAUGAUGACACCUGGAGCUGCCCCUCCUCAUUAUCUUGUAUGAGCAGUCACCAAUCCUUGGUCGUGCCACAGCCAGAUAAGAAAACCAUGGCCAAAGCUUAUUUAGGUGCUGCUCUAGUUUGUAUGGUUGCUGUUUUGGCCACAUGGAUCUCUUAUUUGUACAUUAAUUGAUGCGUGACCCACUUCUGACAGCAUUUACUGGGUCAACACCUGGGCAUUUACUCACGUCUGUGUGGGGAGAGUGUGAUGAUGUCAUUGUAAAACUGUCCUGCUAAAUGUGGAACAUAAGAUAUGAACAUUUGUUUCCCAUGUGUUGAUAUCAUUGUAAAACUGUCCUGCUAAAUGUGGAACAUAAGAUAUGAACAUUUGUUUCCCAUGUGAUGUCAUUGUAAAACUGUCCUGCUAAAUGUGGAACAUAAGAUAUGAACAUUUGUUUCCCAUGUGAUGUCAUUGUAAAACUGUCCUGCUAAAUGUGGAACAUAAGAUAUGAACAUUUGUUUCCCAUGUGAUGAUAUCAUUGUAAAACUGUCCUGCUAAAUGUGGAACAUAAGAUGUGAACAUUUGUUUCCCUGUCUGUCUGCAGGAGAUGUGCCUGUUCAAAGCUGGAUAUUUUAUUUCUGACAUUUUUAACAACUGAAUGUUUUUGUUUUAAAUCAACUCUGGAUUUUUUUUUAGACUCUAGAAAUAAAACACACUAGUCAAAACAAUUAAGUUUUGUCCCUUAUUACAUCCAUUGCACCAGAUUGUCUCCCCUGCUCAUUAACUUUCUGCCUUGUGUUUGACAUGUUUGUAAACAAUUGCAGGUAUAAAAAGAAAGUAUUUGAAUUCAAA